AUGCCCCAUAUUCCCCAGUCAAGAGACUUUGUCGCUAGCCAUGGCAACUUGAUUUCAACAUUGGAAAACAUAUUCGUUGCUGCCUAUAUCGUCGAAUGCUUGAUAAAGGUGUACAUUUUCCGGUGGUCCUACUUUGUCGAAAGCUGGUGGGAUCGCAUCGAUUUCAUCCUCGUACUCAUUUCAGUCUUCGAUUUGGUGUAUCCAAUUUACAUGGAAAAAACCAGCGAUGGAAAAACUAAUACAAGCGGUGGUGGAGCAGCUGAUGCGGCUAAUGUAGCGCGAACAGCAAAAUUGCUCAGACUUCUUAGAUCUGUGAGAAUUCUUCGAGUUGUUCGAGCUCUCAAGUGGGUGAAAAAACUUGAAACAUACAUUACGACCAUCAUCAAAGCAAUGUGGAAUCUUAAACCCUUUCUCAAACUUAUGGGAGGAAUCCUCAUCAUUUUCGGAAUCAUCGGCUGUUCUCUUUUUGGAAGAAUUCUCCCAUCACAAUUUGGAAACAUGAUGCUCACGUUUUUCACCCUCUUUCAACUUUUAACUCUUGACGAUUGGUUUGAAAUUCUUCAGGAAGGUUCUGUAAACAGGUUCAAUCCGAGCUCUAAUGGCGAGACUAUCAACAAACCUCUUCUUGCUUACUUGAUUGCUUACAUCUUCGUUAUGUCGAUGGUAUUUUUGAACUUGAUCAUUGCUGUUCUCGUCGACGAAUUUCAAGUUUCAUUCGAACAGGCGAAAUACAAGGAAUCGGCAUCAGCAGAUGAACAGAAAAACUUCCUGACAGCGAUUGAUAAUAUGAACUUAUCUGACGAUGAAAGUGAUGAUGAAUUCUCAUCACAUGAUAUUCAAAAGAAAAACCACGCAGAAGAGUUUGAAGAAUUCGUUGAAGACAAGACGGAAACACAAAAAGACAUUCACGAGUGGUACUUCAAAGUUCUUCCAGCGAUCGAAAAGCACCUUUUUCUAUUUGAGGAUCACUUCGCCACAUACGAACGAGUUAUUGACGAGGCUAUCCAACAAUCUGAUGAUCUCUACGGAUUAAAUGCUUGA